ACGGUAUACUGUAGGUACACGUAUGCACACCAACAUAUGCUUCUGUGCAUGUGUGCGUGUGUGUGUGCGUGCAUUGACCAUGUGUAUGGUAUGCUAUAUACAUACUCUAGGGUGUAUUCAGUGCGCCAUGUGCUUCAGUUAGACCUGUAGCUACACAAGUCCAUUAAGAAAGUGUUCAGUGUUGAGCAGAAAGGCACUGGAGACGAGCAGGGACGUGAUCUGUGCUUGUGGAAAUCUCCAGGAGCAACCUCUCUUCCUCUUCUCUCUCUUAUUUCCUCUCCUUCCUCUCUCAGAAUGGUCUGCUGCCUGCUGACGGCUGGUGCUGUUUCUGCAGCUCUCCUUUUCAUCUUCUUCUAUUGGGUCGUGCCAGCCGUGCAGCGCAAUGGCACGUGGGCAUUAAUGUGGCAUGACUUCAUAACCGAGCGACUGCACGACACGCUCACACGCUCCACACGCCCUCAGCGCAUGCUGAAGGCAGUGCAGAAGAACGCCACUAAAGGAAAUCCCGAAAGCGUCAUCUCCGCCAUCGACUAUUUCUGCAAGCACUCGGAAUGGGCCAUGAACGUGGGCGAUGAGAAAGGCUCCAUUUUGGACUCGGUGGUGACUGAGGUGAACCCCAGCACGGUUCUGGAGCUGGGUACGUACUGCGGGUAUUCCAUAGUGAGGAUCGCCCGCCUGCUGUCCCCCGGCACCAAACUCAUCACCGUGGAAUUUAACCCGGCCUCCGCCGCCGUCGCCAGGCAGAUCAUCGCCUACGCUGGUCUACAAGACAAGGUGACUCUAGUCGAGGGCUCGUCAGCGGAUCUGAUCCCACAAAUAAAGGAGCGCUUCGGCAUCACUACUUUUGACUUCAUUUUCCUUGACCACUGGAAGGACCGCUACCUACCUGACAUUAAGCUGCUUGAGGAGUGCGGUUUGCUCAGGAAGGGCUCUGUGCUGCUGGCAGACAAUGUUAUUUGUCCUGGAACGCCGGAGUACCUGGAGUACGUGCGAAAAAGCCCUCGCUACGAGAGCAGAUACUAUCCUUCCCACCUGGAGUACACCAAAGUGGAGGACGGCCUGGAAAAGUCGAUCUUCUUGGGAUAAAAGCUGUUUCCAACAACAACAACAACAACAACAACAACAAUGAUCUAUAAUUAAUUACAUUCUGGUGUAGGGAAUUGGCUGCUUAUUAAAAAAACAUUAUCAGUGUUUGAUCUUAACAUUUACUAAAAUAAAACUGCAUUAAUUUGUGUGCACGAAAAAAACAA